AUGAAUAGCGAGCAAGAAGCAGCUCAGAGAGAUUGGUUGCGUAUCAUUCUCAACAAAGAAAAAUGCAGAAAACUUAAACCGGAAUCUCGCCUUGCGAUCGUUCACGAAUUGAUCAGUGAUUGUCAGAAACGUGGUGUGGAAAGAGUCUUGAAAAGAAAUCGAAUACGAUUGAUUGGAUGGAAAUAUCUUUCAUGGAUUACUGCCGUUGUUCGAAUAAUAUGCAUGAUGGCUUUGCUAUGGAUUCUUUGGGAUCUACGGUAUAUUCACUUUGAUUUCCUCGUCAAAUUUAGAAGACAGCAUAAAAGUUUAAUUUUUAAAAUGGUGUUUCAGUUUCUUGCGUUAGCCAUCUUUUUAACCAUCACUGGCAUACUUAUGGAGUUUGUAUUGAUUUUAUCUUUUCAAAUACAACGUUCAUCAAUAAUUAGUUUUGUAUAUGGUCUAAGCAUGCUUGUUGUGGUCCUUCUGAUCGGAACUGCACCAUUUAUUGCCGGUUUCUAUGCUCAUAGCCAACAUUUGAUAGCUGAUCUUUAUCUUUACAUAAUUAGUGAGAAUAGAGCCGAAUAUAGAGAUGUGGUAGCUUUUCAUGUACACUACAAGUGUUGUGGGUUUGGAAAGAAAACGGAUUGGUUUUCGAGAUACCUAUUCCGUCAUAAGAUGCUGUUCACAAACGAAGUUCACGAACAUGAGAAUAAUUUCUUCUGGAUCCCACUUUGGACAAGAUAUUUGCGAUUAAGUGAAUCGUGUGGUGUUCCUCCAUAUUGUUGUAAAACUAACAAACCAGAAUGUUAUUUGGUUAACGUCUCUAAGAACUCCGGUUUUGAGUUUGAAUUGAUGAAUGAUAAACCAAAGAAGGCAUAUGAACAUUACAAGGGUAUUUUCAGGGAACCACCUGUUGACGAUCUUCUAGAUCCAUGUUUCCCAAUAAUAGCCGAAGCUGUUGAUCUGCUACUUUCUGGAACAUACAAAUGGUUCAUAAUUUUGGCACUGUCCACUGUAGUAAUGACAGUAUUGGUAGCAGUAGUUCUUCUCUACAAUUCCGGACAAGGUGAACUAUUUCCACACUUGAACAAGGUACGGUCACCGCAUCGCAAUUCAUUAGUGUGGUUUUUCAUUAAGAUGGAUGGAGAGGAACAGAACUUCAAUGACGAAGAUCUAACAGACUUCAGUAUAAUCCAAGAACUGAAGGAUUUCGAUAUCGAUAAGGACUUUACGGACAUGGAUUAG